AUGGCGUUGUUGAAAGAUGUUAACAAUGCCUUUUUACAUGGUGGUUUGGAUGAAAAAGUCUAUAUGAAGCUUCCUCCUGGUCUUUCUGAUGAUCUUGCUGAAAUCACUGCUUUGAAGACACUUCUGAAUGCCCAGUUCAAAAUCAAAUAUCUGGGCACUCUUCAUUAUUUUUUGGGGAUUGAGGUUUCAUCUUUACCUGGUGGUGUGCUCCUCAAUCAGAAGAAAUUUGUAUUUGAUCUUUUGCGGGAAUUUAAUUGUUUAGAGGCUGAUUGUGGUGAUCUGUUGGCUCAACCUGAGAGAUAUAGGAGUCUAGUUGGGAAGUUGUUAUUCCUCACCAACACUAGGCCUGAUAUUUAUUUUUGGGUGCUACAUCUCAGUCAAUUUCUUCAAUCUCCAAGAGUCCCUCAUAUGGCUAUUGCUCUACAUUUGUUGAGGUACCUCAAGGGCACACCUGAUCUUGGCCUAUUUUACUCUAACUCCUCCGAUUUUACUAUCUCAGCAUAUUCCGACAGUGAUUGGGCAGCCUGCCCGGACACCAUGCGAUAUGUUACUGGAUUCUGUGUGUUUCUGGAGGAACAGUUGCAGCAGCUUUACAGCUGUGAGCAGUUGACUGGUACAAUCAGCAAAGGGAACAGAUGUCCAUCAGUUCCCUCUAUCGUCUCUUUGAUUCUGAUUGUUGGAACAUGUGCCUGA